AUGGAUGCCAGCAGACAGUAUGAUCUAGUCCUCCAUGGACCUACAGGAUAUACAGGCCGUCUCUGUGCCGAACACAUUGUCAAGCAUCUUCCAACCAAUUUAAAAUGGGCCCUCGCGGGACGUUCUCUUGAAAAGGUCGAGAAGAUUGGCAAGGAACUUAAAGAGUUGAAUCCGGAUCGCACGGAGCCAGACACUUUGGCAGUCCAAUUGAACGCCACCGAACUCAAUAGCCUGGCUCAGAAGACCAGGCUCAUCAUCAACUGCGUCGGUCCAUAUCACUUGUACUCGACUCCGGUGGUCGAAGCAUGUGCCGCCAAUGGAACCCACUAUGUUGAUGCUACCGGAGAAACCCCCUGGAUCAAGACUAUCAUCGAGAAGUAUCAUGAGAUCGCGAAGUCCAAUGGUGCUAUCGUGAUUCCGUCUGUUGGGAUCGAAAGUGCUCCGGCCGAUAUCUUGACCUGGUCGGUUGUCAAGCGCGUGCGGGAAGAGUUGUCGUGCCAUACCCGGGAAGUCACCUGCGCCAUCGACGAAAUGAAGAGCUCCGGGGUGAGUGGUGGUACCCUUAGCACCAUUCUGACCACACUUGACACGGUUUCGCUUUCCGACGUGCUGAAGUCCACCCACCCCUUCGCGUUGGCUGCCUCCACGCCCCCUAAGGACAUCCCCCGUGAGUCGAUCAUGGAGAAAGUGCUGGGUGCUCGCGCGGUGCGCGACCUGGGUACCCUGACGACCUCCCCGUCCGCAACGUGCGAUAUCACGAUCGUGCAUCGCAGCAGCACCUUGAUGCCGGAGUUCUACGGUCCCCGGUUCUACUUUCGACAGUUCCUCCGCGUGCGGAACGUGGUUGUCGGCAUUGCAGUUCAUUACCUGUUUCUGAUCGGUAUCACGCUGUUGCUUCUGCCUCCAGUCCGGUGGCUGGUGAAGCAGAUCGCCUACGGUCCGGGACAGGGUCCCAGCAUGGAGAGUUCUCGCGACGACCGAGUGGAGUACCGUGCCGUGGCGACGGCGGAUCAGGACACGCCAUCCCCGAAGCGGGUUCUUGGGAAAUUGAAGAUCCAGGGUAGCAUGUAUUCGGUCACGGGACUAUUGAUGGCGGAGGCAGCCAUGACCAUUCUGGAGAACGAGGACAAGGUCAGAAAGGUCUCCCGGGGAGGCAUCGUGACAUCGGCCACGCUGGGACAGGAUUACGUGGAUCGGCUGGAGAAGGUCGGGUGCAAGUUCGAGUCGCAGAUAUUUGAUUACUGA